AUGGCCACCAAAAGAAAAGCCUCGGCCAUGGCUUCUACCGAGGAUGAAGAUCCAGUUGACCCUUCAGAUGAGCUGGUGUUCAUCGGGUUGGGUGGAUGUCAAGAGGUUGGACGAUCAUGUCAUAUCCUCCAAUACAAGGGAAAAACCGUCAUGCUCGAUGCCGGCAUGCACACAGGCCGAGAAGGAAUGUCGGCAAUGCCCUAUUUCGAUGAUUUCGAUCUCAGCACUGUGGACAUCCUUCUAAUCAGCCAUUUCCAUCUUGACCAUGCCGCGGCUUUGCCCUAUGUGCUCGCAAAAACCGACUUCAAAGGACGAGUUUUUAUGACGCAUCCCACCAAAGCAAUCUACAAAUGGCUCAUUCAAGACUCGGUCAGAGUGAGCAACACCUCGUCCACUUCCGACCAGAGAACAUCGCUCUAUACCGAAGCCGACCACAUCUCAACUUUACCCCAAAUCGAAACAAUAGAUUUUUACACCACACACACCGUCUCCGGGGUUAGGAUAACGCCGUACCCUGCGGGCCACGUUCUCGGGGCAGCGAUGUUUCUGAUCAACAUUGCUGGCCUGAACAUAUUCUUUACAGCAGACUAUUCAAGAGAACAAGAUCGCCAUCUUGUGGCUGCUGAGGUUCCCAAUACUGCCAACGUCGGCAAAAUUGACGUUCUGAUCACGGAAUCGACUUUCGGAAUCUCAAACGCCCCUCCUCGAGCGGAAAGAGAGAGUGCGCUUCUCAAGUCUGUGUCGAAUAUUCUGAACCGCGGCGGCAAGGUCCUGAUGCCCGUCUUUGCCCUUGGUCGUGCGCAAGAACUCCUCCUUAUCCUCGAAGAUUAUUGGCAGCGACAUCCAGAGCUUCAAAAGAUUCCUAUUUACUACACGGGAAACACCGCUCGAAAGUGUAUGGUGGUGUAUCAGACCUAUAUCAAUGCUAUGAACGACAAUAUCAAACGAAUCUUCCGAGAGCGGAUGGCCGAAGCAGAAGCAUCGGGAAAUGCAAAAGGCGUCAGUGCUGGCCCAUGGGAUUUCCGAUUCGUACGAAGCUUGCGCAAUCUUGAUCGGUUUGAUGAUGUGGGUGGGUGCGUCAUGUUGGCAUCGCCUGGCAUGCUGCAAUCUGGAAUGUCUCGCAUUUUGCUCGAACGCUGGGCGCCAGAUCAACGAAAUGGAGUGAUCAUGACCGGUUAUAAUGUGGAGGGCACCAUGGCGAGAACCAUUUUAUCGGAGCCCGAGAUGAUCCCCGCGAUCAUGAGCGGUGGAAAUACUGGUGUGGGUCAAAUGAUGGGUCGGAAAACCAAAGAUGACGAUGCUGCGGUGAUGAUUCCCCGACGAUGCACAGUUGAGGAAUUCCAAUUUGCAGCUCACGUUACUGGCGUCGAGAACGUCGAUUUCAUCGAACAAGUCGCAGCACCCCAUGUCAUUUUAGUACAUGGUGAGCGAUCACAGGCCGCCCGAUUAAGGUCGAGACUUUUAGAUCUAAACUCUCGACGACUAGUCCACAACCCUCAUGCACGGCAGACCAAGGUUUACAGUCCAGAAAAUGGUGCAGAAAUCAAGAUUCCCUUCAAGAAGGACAAAGUUGCCAAAGUUGUCGGGAAACUGGCUCAAAUACCUCCUCCUAUGACCACAGAAGCAGAGGAUACGAGAGUCGUGAGCGGAGUCCUGGUGCAAAACGGCUUUAAACUCAGUCUGAUGGCCCCUGAAGAUCUCCGAGAGUAUGCCGGUCUAACCACGACGACCAUCCUCUGUCGGCAACACAUAACUCUUGCGGCGGCCGGGAUUGAGCUCAUUCGAUGGGCGCUGGAAGGCACAUUCGGUAGCAUUGAGGAAGGAGAUUCUAUAAAAUCAGAGGCAAACGGUCACGGGCUGAAUAAAGAAGACGGUAUUGAACAGCCGAAUGGUCAGAACGGCGUAAAAGGUGAAGAAGCGGCAGAUGAAGAAAGACCGACAGAACUACAGCGAACGUUCCUGAUCAUGGGUUGCGUCACUCUCAAGUGGUCGGGUCGAGAAAAACAAAUCGAGCUCGAAUGGGAAGGAAACACGAUGAAUGAUGGGAUUGCAGACGCCGUCAUGGCUGUUUUGAUGACGGUCGAGAGCAGUCCGGCAGCCGUCAAAUAUUCGUCCAACAAGUCGUCACACUCCCACCACGCGAACGGGCAGGAGAACGGCAUCGAAAUGCUUCACAAUCAACACACAAAUAUCUCCCCGGAAGACCGAUUCUCAAGACUUUGCAUGUUCUUGGAAGAACAAUUUGGUGACAGUGUGACGCCGAUUGAGAAACCCAAGAUAUCACAUCAGCUGGACAAGAAAUCUCACCUCACCCCUGGCGAGGAAGCCGGCCAGGAAGCCAAAGAAGAAGUAUUGGACGAUCAAAUCGACAUCGAGAGUGCCGAAGCGGUAGAACGGGCGAGGUUGGCGGCCCUGGGAAUCCCGGUACCAGGGUUGGAGAUUCGAUUCGACAAACAUGUGGCUAAACUUUGGCUGGAACAUCUCGACGUUGAAUGUGCUAACGGCGUUUUGCGAGACCGGGUCAAGGCGGUGGUGGAGAGAGCUGUUGAAACCAUUGCACCUCUGUGGGCAGUUCGCCAACAGACUAAGAUUUAA